GCAAGGGGAGCAAAAAAGUUGUGCUUUUCAGAUUGGCGUGCAUUACGUUGUAGAAAGGGAAAGAGAGACUCAUGAACUCUCUCAUGCCGAGUAUGAUAGAACCCAUUUUGCUUUCUAGCUAGCUAGAGCCGCACAAAGAGAGAGAGAGAGGGAAAGUGGGGGCCUCAUAAAAUAAACUCAUGCUAGAUGUGAAAGAGAGCCGUUUUGCUUUCUAGCUAGCUAGAGCUGCGCAAAAAUAAAGCCAUCAUCGUUAAAAGAGAAGCCAAGAGGGAAAAGAAAGAAGUGGAAAAAAAAAAAAAAAUUCAAAACUUUUUGGUUUUUUAUUUUUAUUUUAUAUAAUCUUGGGGUGGUGAAAACUGAGCAGUGAGAGAAAAGGAGAGGAAAGGUAGUGGUGGUGGGAGCUAAUUCAAGAUAGAAAGAGAUUGAGUAAAGAGUAAAGAGUAAAGAGAGAUAGGAGUGGGAACAUUCUCAGACUUGUUUGGCUUUUAGUAUUUGUGUUUGUGUAGUUGUGGUGGCUGUCAAAGAUGAGGAACAGCUCAUCUUUUUGAUGGUUAGCUUUUUUGGGAUUUGUUGGGUGGUUUCAGUGUAUGUGGGGUUCUCUGCCUCUUUGCGGAUAUAAGUGCUCGUGCAGUGAACAUUGGUCUCUUGUCGUUGUUGUACCAAACUGAUAUUUCAUUUUUCGUACUUUGCAAAGUGAGAAAGUGCAUUGGGGACAGUUUAAUAGGUGUUCUGGGUUCAAUAGGAAGAAAAGGUGAAAGAGGAUUGGCAAAAGAAUGUGGAAUUCUGGGUUUUGUGUUUUGGGUUCUGAGACUUUGUGGACCAUGAAUGGUCUUGGUGGUCUGUGAUCCCUUGGAAAAAGAAAAGAAAGAGAAAGGGAAAGCAACUAUCUAGAAUUGAGAACGAUAAACAAAUCAACUAAGGGCGGUGGUGUCAGUUUUGAGCAAGUGGGGGUGUCUCUGGCUUUGGAAUUAUAUAUGUUCGAGAGAGAGAUUGCUGGCUGUGUCUCCUAAGCUGACCUCUUUGCCCGGACUCCUUGGGUUGUGUUACCAAUCUAGGAAGCAACCACUUCUUUUUUGGGGUCUCUUCAAGUGAAAAGGGGUGUUAAACCUCUGCUUGGACUCGCUUCUUAUUGUUUGAAGAAGUUUGGAUUUUAUUGGUGGUGCUUCUGCUUCUGUGAUUCUCUUCCUAUAAAAUUUUGUCAAAAUGAAGUUCAUGAAACUUGGAUCUAAGCCUGACUCUUUUCAGAUUGAUGGAGUCAAUAUUAGAUACGUGGCAAGUGAUUUGGAAACUGACAUAGUCAUUAACAUCAGGGAUGUGAAAUUCUAUCUGCAUAAGUUCCCCCUUUUGUCCAAGAGUGCACGCUUGCAGAAACUGGUUGCUACCGCAAAUGAGGAAAACAACGAUGAAAUUUACAUCCAGGACAUUCCUGGUGGACCUGCUGCUUUUGAAAUAUGUGCCAAAUUUUGUUAUGGUAUGACAGUUACACUCAAUGCAUACAAUGUGGUUGCUGCUCGAUGUGCAGCAGAGUACCUUGAGAUGUAUGAAACUAUUGAGAAAGGAAACCUUGUCUACAAGAUUGAUGUAUUUCUCAAUUCAAGUGUCUUCCGGAGUUGGAAAGACUCAAUUAUUGUUCUUCAAACAACAAAGUCUCUUCUUCCGUGGUCUGAGGAACUUAAAGUGGUCAGCCACUGCCUUGAUUCCAUAGCUUCCAAGGCUUCCAUUGACACUUCCAAGGUGGACUGGUCAUACACCUAUAACAGGAAAAAGCUCCCAUAUGAGAAUGGGAAUGAUCCACUCUGGAAUAGUGUGAGAAAACUGCAGAUGGUUCCAAAGGACUGGUGGGUAGAAGACCUCUGUGAGCUUCAAAUUGAUUUAUACAAGCGGGUCAUGACAACAAUAAAGACAAAAGGCAAAGUUUCUGGUGAUGUCAUUGGAGAAGCCUUGAAUGCAUAUACCCUGAGAAGGUUGCCGGGUUUUAACAAGGGUGUGCUGCAGGGUGGGGAUGUUGUAAAGUAUAGAUCAUUGGUGGAAACCAUAGUGCAGCUACUGCCCACAGAGAAGGGCAGCAUCCAAUGCAGUUUCCUGCUUAAGUUGUUGAGAGCAGCAAUAAUUUUAGAAUGUGGAGAAACUGAACGACAGGAACUAAUGAGGAGAAUUGGCCAGCAGCUUGAGGAGGCUACUGUGGCGGAUCUUUUAUUUCGAGCCCCAUCUGGGGAAUCAAUGAUUUAUGAUGUUGAUAUAGUGCAAAACCUAGUUGAGGAGUUUGCAAUGCAUGAGCAGAAUGCUCAGGCUGAUUCUCCCAUGGAAAAUGAAUUUCAGGAGAUUAGAAGCCCAAGGUUUGUGCCAGACGCUUCCAAAGUAAUGGUAGCAAAGCUGGUUGAUGGCUACCUUGCCGAGGUUUCACGUGAUCCCAAUUUAUGUGUGUCAAAAUUUGUCAAUCUUGCUGCAAUGGUAUCAAGCUUCUCAAGGCCAUCUCAUGAUGGACUCUACCGUGCUAUUGACAUGUAUCUGAGGGAACAUCCUGGGAUUGGUAAGAGUGAGAGGAAGAGAAUAUGCAGGUUGAUGGACUGCAGGAAGUUGUCAGCGGAAGCUUGCAUGCAUGCAGUGCAAAAUGAGCGGCUUCCCUUGCGAGUUGUUGUGCAGGUCCUCUUCUUUGAGCAGCUUAGGGCUACAACUUCAACUGGCAACAGCACACCUGAGCUACCUGGUUCAAUCAGGGCCUUAAUACCCGGUGGCUCUCAUGGCAGCUCAAGGUCUACUACAACCAACACAGAAGAGGACUGGGAUGCUGUGCCAACAGCUGAGGAUAUAAAGGCUUUGAAAGGGGAGCUUGCUAGUUUGAGAUUAGGAGGCGGUGAUGGGAGAGUUGACAGUAAUAGAGGUGUAAACAAUGGUGCUAAAAUUAAUGCCGAGAAAGUUGUUGCCUAUAAGAUGAAAGGUUUGGUCAUGUCGAAGCUCUUUUCAAAGCUCUGGUCAAGCAAGGAAAGAAAUGGUGAAAUUAGUAGCUCUGAUACAUCAGAAAGCCCUGUUUCUACCAAUGCAGAUGAAACAAAAUCUACCCCUUCCAGAAGUAGGAGGCAAUCAGUAUCUUAGUGCAGACAGUUUGGCAGAAUUGGAAUACAACUUCGGCCAGUUUGUAAAAAUUGCCUCACUCAUUUGACAUAGGAAAUUAGAACCCACUGACGUAUUUCAGCUGAUUUUCUAUUGGGAAUUUUAGGCAAAGCAUGGCAUGUGGUUACAGAAAAAAGAUGCCUAGAAAUUCAUUUCUGAGUGUUUGUUGUCACGUUAUUGUUCCCCGAAAUUCAGGUUCUAAGUAGUGAGUAAUGACCUAGUUUUUGCUGUACCAUAACCAGAGGAAUGCCAAACUUAUGGAUGUCUUUUUUACUGUCA